AUGUCUAAUCUCAGCCGUGAUAUGGAUUUACCUUUAGAGCUGCAGGCAGGAUUUCUGAACAGCUCCUCGAGCUCUGAGAGCCCCCGGGUUCUGGAUGCAGUCAAAGCCUGCGUUCACUCUGUGGCUUUUGUAGCCACUGGACUCUUCACGUAUCUAAUCACAGUGACUGUUUUCGGCUCUCUUGACCUCCGGCAGAACGCACGGUACAUCCUGCUGUGCCAGCACUGUGCCUGUAUCUCCGGCUUUAACGCGGCCGGCACCGUCCUGCACGGCCUGCGCUCCCUCCACUGGCCCACCACUCGCCUCACCUGCUGGAUCCUCUUUGACCUGCAGGUGGUGAUGGCCCGCGGCCUGACCAUGACCCUGACCCUGAUGUGCAUGUGCACCUGCCUGUCCAUCUGCCAGCCACUUCGCUACCCCGUGCUGAUCCGGCGUUCCUUCUGCUGGGUCCUGCUCCUCACCUGGCUGCUGGCUUUGGUCAACCCCGUGGUCUUCACCGUCCUGGCCUGCAUCCAUCAGCCUUGGGACUACGUGAUUGGUCUGGACACUAAGUGCUCUACUGCUCUGGAGAGCCAAGCCUGCAUUGUCAGCGCUCUUCUGCUGCUGACCCUCAUGGUCCUGCUCAUCAUCGGCAGCUACUUGUUGAUCUACCUCGAAGGCCACCGCGCCGGACACUUCUCCCAGUCCAACAGCAAGGGCCGCCGUACCAUCCUCAUCCACAGUCUGCAGAUGACCUUGCACAUUUUGCCCAAAGUUAUCAUCAUCACCCGCAUGCAACAAACGCUACCAGUUGCCGUGGCCACCUUCCUGGUGUUCAGCAUCGCCCAGUCCCUCAGCCCUGUGGUGUACGGUCUACGCUCCAGAGAGCUCCAAGAAGAACUUCCCCGGUUCCUCCCACAGUGCCUCCAAAGUUGGGUGACUGUGGGAUCCACCACCAGCUUUGACAACGCCAGCACUGGGAACAUGACCAGCUCAGGAACAGUGGCUAGCAGGGGUUCUGCCGCCAGCACAGACACCAGCACGUCCACCUGCCUUGCAAACAGCACCAUGUCCGGCAUCGUCACUGAGAGCGAGUGGGAGGAGAAGGACAAGCCUGAGUUUGUUGGCUCUGAGAGCGAGAUGCAACAUGGGAAUGGAAGUGAUCAGGAGGAUGCGGUCUAA